UUGGCGGUUCAUUCCACUGUGGCAACCUCUGAUCAAUAAGGAUAGAAGAAAAUGUUAUACUUGUUAUAUCUGUCAUGAGGCAUAUUACAUUUGAUUUUUAAGCUUAAGUGUAUUUUAAUAACUUAUAAGUGCAUAAUGGACAGUAUUUCACCUCACGUAAUUGAGUUACAUGGACUUUUUUCUACAUUAGCGAUUUUUUUGGCUUUAGUAGUAUUUAAUUUGGGGCGUUUUUGAUUAUCGUCCAAUUGCGCCCGCCUUAGCGUGAUGACGUCAGCACUGACGCGUUCAUUCCGCGUCGAGUCUUCAGAGCUGAGGUGAGUCGUUGACGCUUUUUCUCGUGUUUACACAACAAUAAAACACACUUUACAGUUUAUUAAAGCGACAAUCUGCGACUAGUUUCUGCAUUGAGUUCACCUCUAUCUGUGUGUCUGCUGACCACAACAAUACAGCAGGCGGAGAGCAGCUCUGAGAGGACAAUAUGAGUGAAUGUGUUUGUGUUUUUGGGACUCUGCCGCCAUCAGUGAAAGACAAAGACAGAGUUUAUUAAAGGACAGUGAGAAGAUGAGUGAUCCAGAACCCUGCAGAAUUAAACAGGAAGAGACUGAAGAACUAAUAGGUGUGAUGGUGAAGGAGGAGAGUGAAGAACUGAGUGAAGACGAGGAGAAACAUCAUGUCAAAAGUGAAAGCGAAACUCAAUCAAAGACAGAACAACUUCUUGUAAUGGACAGAACAGCCGUGAACUGUUUCACCUGCACUCAGUGUGGAAAGAGUUUCAGGUGCAAAAACAAUCUCAAGCGUCACAUGAGGAUCCACACUGGAGAGAAACCGUAUCACUGCACUGAUUGUGGGAAGAGUUUCACGCGAUUAUCGUCGCUACGAUUACACAAAAAGCACAUUCACAACCUGAUUGUGGAGGAGGAGAAGAGUGAAGACAUGAAGGUCCACCACAGUGUGGAUACAAAAAAUCAGCAAAAUUCAUGCUAUUUAUGUGGAAGGAGUUUCACAAACAAACAAAGUUUAAAGUGUCAUGAGAGGACUCACACUGGAGAGAAACCGUACAGCUGUUCACUAUGCGGCAGGAGAUUUAGUAUGUUAAAUAACCUUAAGACACAUGAGAGGAUUCACACUGGAGAGAAACCAUACAGCUGUUCACUAUGCGGCAAGAGGUUUACUAUGUUAAAUAACCUAAAAAGGCACAAGUUGAUUCACACUGGAGAGAAACCGUACACAUGUACUGAGUGUGGGAAGAGUUUCAGAGACUCGUCAAACCUUAAUCUACACAUGAAGUUUCACACUGGAGAGAAGCUACACAAAUGUGACCAAUGCGGAAGAUUGUAUUCAAGACCUUCAGAUCUGAAGAAACAUCUUCGAGUUCAUACAAAGGAGAAGCCGUAUUUAUGUUCCGUGUGUGGAAAGAGCUUUUCAAGGCAGUCAAGUUUAAGAAGACAUCAGCAGAUCCACACUGGAGUGAGAGAGUAUAUGUGCGUUGAGUGUGGGAAGAGUUUUAUUACUGCUCAACAUUUGAAACGGCACCAGAUGACGCACACUGGAGAGAAACCGUACAAGUGUUCACACUGCGACAACACAUUCAGACAUUCAGGACAUCUGAAAAUACACGAGAGGACCCACACUGAAGAGAAACCAUUCACAUGUACUCAGUGUGGGAAGAGUUUCAUACAGUUAUCACACGUCAAUCAACACAUGAGGAUCCACACCGGGGAGAAGCCACACCAAUGUGAUCAAUGCAGCAAAGCGUUUUUGAGUAGUUCAGAGUUGAGAAAGCACCUCAGAGUUCAUACAAAUGAGAAGCCUUAUUCAUGUUCUGUGUGUGGGAAGAGUUUUACAUGGCAGUCAAGUUUAAGACUACACGAGAAGAUCCACACUGGUGUGAGAGAGUAUGUGUGCAUUGAGUGUGGGAAGACUUUUGUUAGAGCUGGGGACUUCAAACGACACCAGGGGAUUCACACUAGAGAGAAACUAAAGUCUCUUUAAAAGAAAGUCUGUUCAUUUGGCUGCCAAAUUUUUCAAAGCCUCGAGCAGUUCCUCCAAGACCAAAGUCCUAUCUCAUGCCCUGUCCACACGACCACGGGUGUUUUUAAAUCUGCACUUCUUUUCUUUGUGGUUUCACUGUUUGUCCACACAAAAAACAGAGUAUUGAGUGAGCGACACCAAAACUUUCUGAAAUCUCUGGCUUGGGUAAGGUAGAGUGUGGUCUUGUGGACACAACACCUAGAGUUUUCACCUCAUGAGGUCCGACAUGGCUGGGUUCACACUAAAUGUAGAAGACAGGAAUGCAUUGAUUGCAUUGACUUCAGCGUGAUUUACUAAUGAAAAUACAUAGGCAGUUUCUCUAUUCCAAGAAUGCAGAGAACAGACUAGCGUUCUUGUGAAGACUGUUCUUGCCAGGUCACCUCGGAAGAACGAACUCUCGAGACCGCGAGAACAGAGAAUUUGUCUUAUGAAAGAUGAGAUGCUGUGUUCUUCCUGAUGGUCACAUGACCUUAAUUUGUUUUAUUAUUUAAACAUUACAGCAUUCAUACAACGAUUUAAUGUUUUCCCUCUUUUCAAUAAAUAUAACACGCACACAAAAACCUCGUUGGAAGUUGGUGCAGAGGGUUGUCGCCGACAAAAGUGAGGGGGGCGGAGGUGUCGAGGACGAAAGUGAGGGGGUGAAGGUGUCACAGACAAAAAUGAAGAGGGUUGUGGACUGGCUAAAGAAAGUGAGAGUCAACAGCGGACAGGGGAGGAGGCCGGUUGAGGAGGGGGAUUGGUAAACUGAGGUGCCGGAUCCGGCGUGUUUCGGCACAAAUUAAGCCCUGGUUAUAUCUGUGAACUUUAAAAAUAAAUCUAUAUAAAA